AUGCCAUCAAGGAAAACGGUCUCAAACUCCCUUAUUCCUCGGAUGUUUAGCGAAACAAAAGCUAAAGUUCAGGAAAUGCUUGCAUCCGUAGAAUCAGUAUGUGUAACAACAGAUGGAUGGACUUCCAUGCCACAACAGAGUUACAUUGGAUGUAUACCGUAUGACCAGAGCCAUACAUCCAGAAAUUUGGGAAAUUUGCUGAAAUCCGAAUUGAAAGCUUGGGGCCUAGAAAGCAAGGUAACAUGUGUUGUGACGGACAACGCUGCAAAUAUUGUUGGUGCCGUAAAAGCAAAUAACUGGAGUCAUUUUCCGUGCUUUGCUCACACAUUGAAUUUGGUCCUAGGCGAAGGAAUAACUAUACUAGACCCUCAGCUUGUAAAAAUCAAGAGCAUCGUUGCCUUCUUUAAAAGAAGCUCUAGAGCAACCGUAAAGCUCACUAGCAUGCAGAAAGAGCUAAAUCUUCCAAGUCUCAAGCUAAAAAACUCGUGCGCAACACGAUGGAAUUCAACUAACGAUAUGCUAAUGAGAAUCGUAAAAGCCAAGUCCGCCGUGGUAGCAGUACUAGCCAUCGAAAAUCCGGAGCUAAACUGUGUGUCGACAAGCGAAUGGAAGAUGUUGGAGAAGGCAGCGAAAGUUUUCCAGAUAUUUCAAGCCAUCACAGAAGAAAUCUCAGCUAAAAAGAAUGUGAUUUCUAAAGUUAUGUUGAUGGUGUCGGCAAUAAAAAACCAUUUAUCUAAAUUAUCUGUGGAGAACCAUUCUUCUUCGGAGUUUGAUCCAGCAAUUGACCAUAUUAUAGGCGUUCUAUCAACAUCUCUGAACACAAGGUUUAAAUUUUUGGACGAAAAACUUGCCCAAGCUACUUUAUUGGAUCCACGGUUUAAAAAAUUUGGCUUUGCAAACGUGAGCACGUACGAGAGAUGUCUUAAAGAACUUAAAUCGAAAGCUCUGCCACUACAAAACGCGACACUGACACCCGUUGCAGAGGAAUCAAACACUUCUAACCAAGCUACAGGAACUACAGCUUCAAGAGAACGAAAUUCCUUGAUAUGGGAAGAUUUCGACUCAUAA